ACUGUGUAGGACCUAUUUCUUUUCAGGCAGAUCUCUAGGCAGCACACAGCCGGCCGGGGUCCUUUCAUAACAACAACAUGGCAGCCCUGUGCAGGAGCAGACACCGGUGGAGAAGGACUCAAUGUUUACACGUUUUAACAAGAAACCUGACAGGGAAGUACGACUAUGACCUGGUGGUUGUUGGUGGUGGUUCAGGAGGCCUUGCUUGCUCCAAAGAAGCCGCUCAGCUGGGACAGAAAGUUGCUGUUCUAGAUUAUGUGGAGCCAUCUGUUAAAGGUACCAAGUGGGGUCUCGGUGGUACAUGUGUUAAUGUCGGCUGCAUUCCUAAGAAGCUCAUGCACCAGGCUGCUCUACUUGGCACUGCAGUCAAAGAUGCUAAGAAGUAUGGCUGGCAGAUCUCAGGGCCAAUCAGCCAUGACUGGGAAACCAUGGCAGAGGCUGUUCAAAACCACGUCAGGUCCCUGAACUGGGGUCACAGAGUUCAGCUCCAGGACAAGAAGGUUAAGUAUCUGAACAUGAAAGGAAGUCUGGUGGAUGAACACACUGUUAAAGGACUAACUAAAGCAGGGAAAGAGAUGAUCCUGACUGCCAAGAACAUUGUGAUCGCCACAGGUGGACGGCCCAAUUACCCUACAAAUAUCCCAGGAGCAAUGGAGCACGGCAUCACCAGUGACGACAUCUUCUGGCUGAAAAAGUCGCCUGGGAAAACGCUUGUGGUUGGAGCCAGCUAUGUGGCUCUAGAGUGUGCAGGCUUCCUCACCGGCAUGGGCUUGGACACCACAGUGAUGGUCCGCAGCAUCGCCCUCCGGGGGUUUGAUCAGCAAAUAGCAGGUCUAGUGACCGACUACAUGGACGCAUAUGGGACCAAGUUUGUAUGGAAGUGUGUCCCAAAGAGAGUGGACAAACUCUCCUCAGGAGCCCUGCAGGUGACCUGGAGCGACACCCACACGGGCAACGAACACAAGGACACCUACGACUCCGUGUUAUGGGCAGUUGGCAGAGCCCCAGAAACCAAAGCCCUGGGCCUGGACAAGCUUGGCGUGCAACUCAAAAAGGAGACGGGGAAAAUAGUUGUGGCCGAUGACGAAUCCACCUCGGUGCCAAACAUCUACGCUUUUGGUGACAUCGGCGAGGGUCGUCCCGAAUUGACCCCAACGGCCAUUAAAGCGGGGAAGCUUCUCGCCCGCAGACUGGCUGGUCACAGCACCGAACUCAUGAACUACGAUAAUGUGGCCACUACAGUGUUCACCCCCCUCGAGUACGGCUGUGUGGGUCUAUCUGAGGAGGAGGCUGAGAAGAGGCACGGGAAAGACGGCAUAGAGGUCUACCACGCUUUCUACAAGCCUCUGGAAUUCACUGUUGCAGAGCGCGAUGCCAGCCAGUGUUACAUAAAGGUGAUAUGUGAGCGCGGUGGAGAGCAGAGGAUCCUGGGUCUGCACUUCACCGGUCCAAACGCUGGAGAAGUCACGCAGGGCUUUGCUCUGGGCUUCCAGUGUGGAGCAACAUAUUCCCACCUGUUGCAGACGGUAGGCAUCCAUCCAACCUGCGCCGAGGAGGUGAUCAAGGUCAACGUCACCAAGCGGUCCGGCUUGGACGCCACUGUAACCGGCUGCUGAGGUUAAGCAUCUCGGUCUCUGAACACUAAUGAGCACGCGGGGUCCCUCUUAGGCGGUAGUUAGAAGUUCAGCCUGGGUUUCUUCUGCUCUCUCUCUCGUUGUCCCUCUCCUUCUAUGGCCCCCAAAAUUGCCCUCAGUUUCACAGCGCUCUCUCUGGCAACAGGGUCUCUCCAUUGGCCAGUCAUGCAGAUCAUCACUGGUUGACCAGGUUAGUGUCAGUGACACAUCACGUGAUAACCAAGACUAUGAUUAUUCCAUAUACACGCAUGCUGUGAGUGUAUGCUCUAAAAUCAGAGGGUUAUAGAUCAGGUUAGGGACUUGUAGCCGCAGAGUGAGCGUCUUUUAAAUAAACAGGCUCAUCAAUCAGGAUUACGGCCUGCGCUCAGGGUUUUGUUGAAAUCGUACGAGAACCGUGGACCGAACCCUCUAACGUUUUUCUGAAUAUAUAUAUAUAUAUAUUCUGCAAAUAUUGUUGUUUCUCUGGCUGUACUUCCUGUCCAUUAGUCUUGGAGGUGACACAUACCAUACACCCCCCACAACCCACCCCCUCCAUGACACUGAUGGAUGGUCCCAGGGCCGUCGCCGCAGCGACACCGCCCCAUUUCCCAUGGACACACACAAACAGUCGGUGGGCCGCCUGUCAGUCAACCAGCUAAGACCUGGCCAGGGAGCCCCGGCUUGUUUCGGCCCCAGCAGACCCCUUCCUUUUCCUCCCAUGCCCUUCUACAUCCCAAUGCAUGAAGAAAACAGAGCGGGACUACAAACAUGUGCUGUCAAAAGCUGCGUGGAUGCCACAGGGCGACUCUACCUGUUGAUAACAGUGCAGUGAGAGCUCUGCUAUAACUGCACUACUCAGCCUCACCCAAAGGUGGCACUGUUGCCCUCCAAUUCUCCCCCUUUUUUUUUUCCUCAGCCAAGAUUGGAAGACAGGAUGAAGUAGUCAUGGGAUAAAACAUAAUACAUUCAGGUUAAACAUUUAAUCCCUUUAAUCCCUAUAAAAGAUAUGUGCUUUUGGGUGAAAGCAGACUGGCUUUAUUGGUGCCAAACUGAUAAGGGUUAUCUGUUGUGUAUUUACAUUGAUUGGCAGGUUAGGCCUAAAGAGUCAUCACCCUUGCAGAUAAGGCAAGUUGUUUAUAUCAAUAAAGCAGUAGAAGGCCCCCACAGUUUGCCAAAGUGCUCAAAUGUCCAACCUGCUGGCUGUACUGGACAUCUUGGGUUUAUUAAGUAGAGGAUGAGGAGGAGGAGGAGGAAGAGGGCUGUCAAUAAAGAGGGUUGCUACAGAAAUCGGGGGGACCUAAGAGGAGGCUGCUGGGUGUAGUUUAUUUUUAUUUGAAGUCUAAUCUGCCCAGUCUGAUUAAUGAUUUCGAUGAGGGGAGUGACAGUGUGCCAGGAGAUGGAGAGAGGAAAAAGAGAGAGAGAGAGGUACCAGGUUUGUUUGGGCCUGGGCCAGAGGAGAGAGAGAGAGCGGCCCUGGUUAGGGAGGGAAGGGGGAUUCCUGUGUGCUCUGUUCAGGGCCGAGGUGCUGACUGAAGGACCCUGACCUCCGCUCAGCAGGAACAGCUUGACUCUAUCACUCGGAGCACAGAGGGCUCACAUGCUGCGGCGCUGCACGGCAGGGGCGUGGAGGGGGUGGUGAAGGGGGGCUCAGGGGGUUGAGGGUGAGGAUGGCCGGGAGACGGACAGACCCAACCAACCAGCCAACCAACACAACGCGGAGCGGUAGCGGCGUGUUUGCCCAGGGUAAUUGAGUCUAUGUUCCUGUGCUUAACGAGCCACUUCAGAGACCUCAGGCUGGGCCCGAGGCAACGCGAGGGAAGUUAUUGAGUCCAUCACUGUAACUGUAAUGUCUGUUUGCUUUUUACCCUCCACUUCCCAUCUGCGUUUUCUCAUCUGCUCUAUAUCUUAUACACAGUAUGGCUGCUCACACGCACAAAAUGAAUAUAUUGUUAUUAGGGCUGUCAAAGUUAACGCGAUAAUAACGUGAUUUGUUUUAACGCCACUCAUUUCUUUAACGCAUUAACGCAACUUGCGAUUUUUAGGUUGUAGCAGGCUCAAUUUUAAAGA